GUUGGAGGAACAAAAAAACAUCAUAUUCACAUUCAAAAAUAGCUAGAUUCUAUAUAUAUAUAAAACAGAAUUUACGCUUUAGAAAUAAAAAUUAUAAAUUUUAUAAGAAUUUGUUCUUUUUAGUUAAUAUAUAUCCUAUUUAUCCAAGUUAUACCCUUAUUAUUUAUCGUUUCCAUUAUUUCCAUUCAUCCCCUAAAUCCCCCACCGUAUUAAUCCAUCCAUAUUAGCAGAAUAAAUAUUUUUUCGUACCGGACUAAUCCCUAUAAGUAAAAUAGAUUGUGAGAAAUUUACUACUACCCACAAAUAUAUACCAAUAAGACAGUCAAUAUCAUCAUGAGUAAUACUGACAUUGCUGCCAAUAUCCAUAACUUAUCCAUUACUUCUAAUGGUAAGGAAAAGAAAAAUAAAGAAGAAAGGCCUUAUAAAUGUACAUUCUGUGAUAAAGCAUUUCAUAGAUUAGAACAUCAAACCAGACAUAUAAGAACUCAUACGGGUGAAAAGCCUCAUGCUUGUACUUUUCCAGGUUGUACUAAAAGAUUUAGCAGAUCUGAUGAAUUAACAAGACAUUUAAGAAUUCAUAAUAAUCCAACUUCAAGAAAGAGAAAGAAUAAAUUAGAUAUGGGUGAAGUAAAUGUAUCUUCCACUACCACCACUACUCUUGAACCAUUAUCAGUUCAACCACCUACUACUGCUGUAUUUCAACCAGUGUCAACAGCUAUACCAUUUUCAGUAGAUAGAAAUGGUAAUCCAAUAUAUCAUCAACCAUACCCAGUUUAUUUCAUUCCUCAACAACAAAUGGCAGCUCCAACCAAUCAACAAGGUCAACCACAACAACCACAACCAUAUGCUUAUAUGCCAAUACCGCCUAAUGCCCAAUCUCAAGUUGCCGUUCCAGUCCAAGUUCAACAACAUAUCAAUCAGCAACAAAUUCAACAGCAACAACCUGUACCUCAACAACAUUAUCAACAGACUGGUACUGCUCUUUUCUCAUUACCUUCAUCUCCAACAGGUUUCCAGCAUUUUACCAACACCAAUACAAUCAAUAAUAGUAAUGCUACUACUAAUUCUAGACCAUUAACACAAAGAACCGUUUCUUCCGAUGGAUUAAGAAUGCAACAACAAUCACAACAAUUCACCAGUUCAUUACCAGUUCCAAUCAUUAGUAAAUCAGAUUCUGCUUCAUCUAUAAGUUCUAGUGGUCCAGUAUUUAGUCAAGCUGGAACUGCAUCAACUGCCAAUUCAGCCAUUCAAUCAUUAGGAACUUCACCUGAUACUUCAUCCAAUUCUACUUUAAUGCAGCCUCCAUUCCAUCAUAAACCAACUGCUCUGAUCAGUAAUUUGAAUGAAUACUUUUUACAAAAUCAACAAAAGACAAGAUUAUUUGGUUCUUCAACUUCAUUAAGUUCAUUAAGUAAAUUGAAACAAUCUAAUUCAGGAAGUAAUUUAGCAUCAUUAUCAUCAUUCCAAAGAUUAACUCCAAUCAAAUCAACUUUGAAUAGUACUAAUUCAUCUAGUAAUGUUUUAAAUCAACAAAGAUCUACUUUCACCUUACCUAAACAAGUUAGUUCCACCUCAUUAAACUUGGAAUUCUUCAACAACAACAAUAACAACAACAACAAUAACAAUCAUAAUAGUACUGGAUAUAAUCAAAAUGGUCCAUCAAAUAAGAAAUCAAGACCAAAUUCUCCAACUCAAUCACUGGGUCAAUUAUUCAUGAUGAGUUCAGUAUCAGCCAGUAGUUCCGGUAGUAAUGGAAGUUUGAACGGAACUAAUUCAUCUAAUGGUAUGGUUCCAUCAGCUGUCAGUAAUAGUAGUAGUGGUAUUCGUAAAGGUGGACAAUUUAUAAUUUCACCAAAUGAAACUCCAUUACAAACUCCAUCUCAUUCACCCCAUUUACAACCUCAAGCAUAUCAAGAAAACAUGAUCAGUACUGCUGCUCAAACCAUUGCUAAUGAAAAAGAGAAAUCUGGAGUUGUUGUAAGUCCUUCAGCUAUUCCUCAAAGUAUUGCUACUACAGGUACUACAUUACCUCCUAUUCGUUCAGUUUUAAGUUUUACAUCAUUGAACAAUUAUCCAUCACCAGCAUUUAUGACACCAAAUGGUAAUGCUGAUGUUGAAAAGAAGAAUGAUAUGAAAUUAUCAAGUAUUAUGAGUUAGGUUAGGUUAUGUUAUGUCAGGUUAUAAAGUUAUGAGUUUUAUGAUUACGUUUUUGGGUUAGUUUAGAAUAGUAUAUAGUAUAUUAUUGAUUAUGACAAUAGAGACAAAAUUAAUAUAUAUUAGUAUUAUUAAGAGAUAAG